UUCGUUUUAUAAAGAUUAAUGUACUGGUUCGCGCCGCGCCACUAUUGUGACUUUUCGCAUUGUUUAGUGUUUUGAAACUUUUUAUUUAUAACUGAAGAGUUUGAAAAUGAAGGACGUGAUGAAAAAAGAGGAGACUUCGGACGAUGAAUCCGGAUUGGGGUACCAGAAUACCUUGAUGUAUGGUCGCUACCAACGCGACCUUAGUGAAGCUGCCAGAGAAGAAGCUAGAAGACUCAGAAGACUCCGCAAGAGACGACGGAAAGACGACAAACUACGACAGAAGGAGCUCGAAGCGACGGGCAAACAUCGACCGAGGGGGAAAUUCUUUAAAGUAUUAGGAUACCUAUGGAGGCACACGUUCGCGAGACUUGGUGAAGACUGGAUCUUCCUGGCGCUGUUGGGCAUCAUCAUGGCCUGCCUCAACUUCGCAAUGGACAAGGGCAUUGCAGUUUGUAAUAACGCCCGCAUGUGGAUGUACAAAGAUUUAGCGACGUCAACUUUCAGUCAAUAUGUAGCGUGGGUGUCGCUACCCGUCUGUUUGAUCCUUUUCGCUGCUGGAUUUGUCCAUAUUGUCGCCGCGCAAAGUAUCGGUUCCGGUAUACCAGAAAUGAAAACGAUAUUGAGGGGAGUACAUCUCAAGGAGUACCUCACGUUUAGAGCAUUGAUCUCAAAAGUUAUUGGUCUCACAGCCACGCUUGGAUCUGGUCUACCACUGGGUAAAGAGGGUCCGUCGGUCCACAUAGCAUCAAUGGUAGCUGCCCUGCUAUCAAAGCUAGUGACGACAUUCCAAGGUAUAUACAGCAACGAGUCCCGUACUACGGAAAUGUUAGCAGCCGCGUGUGCAGUUGGAGUUGCAUCUUGCUUUGCGGCGCCUGUGGGGGGUGUCCUGUUCUCGAUCGAAGUAACGACAACAUACUUUGCAGUAAGAAACUAUUGGCGUGGAUUCUUCGCUGCGUGCUGCAGUGCAAUCAUGUUCCGGCUGCUGUCGGUGUGGUCGGGCGCGUUGCCGACUGUAAAGCCGCUGUUCCCCACUAACCUGCCGCAGGACUUCCCCUUCGACCCUCAGGAGUUCGCCGUCUUCGUGCUGCUCGGUAUCGUGUGCGGGCUGAUGGCGGCUUUGUGGGUGUUCCUUCACCGCCAGUACGUGCUGUUCAUGAGGAACACCAAGGUUUUGAGCAGUUUCCUGCAGAAAAACCGUUUCAUCUACCCAGGCUUCAUGACACUGGCAGUAAUGUCGAUCCUCUUCCCGCCCGGCAUUGGCAAAUAUAUGGCAGCCGAUCUUGGAAACCAGGAACAGGUGUUGUCGCUGUUCGCCAACUUCACGUGGUCGGACGAGCUGACGGCGGAGCAGGCGGCCGUCGUGUCGCACUGGCAGACGCCGGAGGUGGACCACUUCGGGUGCCUCGUCAUAUACUUCUUCUCUAUCUUCUUCCUGAGCCUGGUGUCGUGCACGCUGCCGGUGCCCGCGGGUAUCUUCGUGCCCGCCUUCAAGAUGGGCGCGUCGCUGGGCCGCUUCACCGGGGAGGUCAUGCACUACUUCUGCCCGCUGGGCGUGGCCUACGGGGGGCACGUGCAGAAGAUCUUACCGGGAGGCUACGCUACAGUGGGCGCCGCGGCUUUCACCGGAGCGGUGACACACACCGUCUCCACUAUCGUUAUAUGUAUCGAGAUGACGGGACAGGUAACUCACCUGCUGCCCAUAAUGGCGGCGGUGCUGGCCGCCAACGCCACAGCGGCCCUCCUGCAGCCCUCCUGCUUCGACAGCAUCAUCCUCAUCAAGAAGUUGCCCUACCUGCCCGACCUGCUGUCCUCCGCCAGCCGUAUGUACGAUAUCUGCGUAGAAGACUUCAUGGUACGCGACGUCAAAUACAUUUGGAACAGAAUGACAUUCCAGCAAUUGAAGGACAUUUUGAAGGAGAAUAGGACUAUCAAGAGUUUCCCACUCGUGGACAACCCUGCAUCCAUGGUGCUGUUGGGCUCCAUCCACCGCUGGGAACUGGUGAAAGUGAUCGAGCAGCAAGUGGGUCGGUCCAGACGUCUGCAGGUGGCCGCCUUGUGGCAGCGAGAGGCCGAGUUGAGAAGGAGGGAUGAAGAGAGGCGCAGGACGAGGAGACCGUCGAGAUUUGAGGUUACUCCGGCGCCAGAUAUGCUGCAAGUCCCAGGAACAGGGAUGACCAGAGGAACUUCGCUGAACAGUCAAGACCAGAGCGGUCUCAUACCGGCUCCAGGUCAGCUGUUCAGACCGAAGUCAAUCCUCAAGAAGACAAACUCCUUCACACUGUCUCGUGGCGGCACUUCCCCCGCCCCCACCCCGGGCUCCCCCCCGCCGGUCUACUCCACUGUUACUGGCGCGGAGACCAGGAUCCGAGCCGCCUUCGAAGCCAUCUUCAAACGGUCGACGUUGCUGCCCGACGUGGAAAGCGGCCUGACGGACCACGGCCUCGGGGGACUGCCGAGGAGUCCUUCUAUUAAUAAGAAAGUGCAGCUGCCCCGCGAGCGAGUAUGCGACAUGUCUCCAGAAGACCAGAAGGCUUGGGAGACGCUGGAGAUGGCCAAGGAGGUGGACUUCGACCGCAUGCUGACUGUAGCACGUCGCAGGGACCUUAAUCCCGAUGAGUGUGAUUACGAAGAUGAAACACUGUACAUCUGCCACAUCGACCCCGCUCCGUUCCAGCUUGUCGAACGCACUUCGCUAUUAAAGGUGCAUUCGCUGUUUUCUACUCUUGGAGUCAGUCGUGCGUACGUGACCGCCAUCGGCCGCCUCAUAGGCGUAGUUUCUCUAAAGGAACUCCGAAAAGCCAUAGAAGACGUGAACUCAGGGGUCCUGACCCCCCUCACCCGACCCGACCCUCCCUCAACCCCUAACUCCCCCCUGGCCCCCCCACUACUCAUCAAAGUACCACGCUCCGAACCCGCACCCCCAUCGGAUAAAGAUACAGACAAGCUCACCACUCAAUCAUGAUCUAGGUGAAAACAACGCUUAGGAGCCAGGUGACACCAGGUGACAGCCAUAGUCUAUUGACUAGCAAAGUUAGAGGCGAUCGCUACAGUAUUUUAGAAAUAGUUAUCAUUUGUAUAUAUGGUGCUUCCCUAUACGAAAAUCAAUAUUUAUUUAUUUCUAAACCAGUUCUAACUGGUUGCUGAACUGGUUCUAACUGGUUACUCGAGCAGUUUAAGCUGGUUAUUAUCAAGUCACAAAGGUUGUGCCUAAAAUAAACUAGAAUAUAUUGUUUGAAACUAUUGUUAUAAGCAUUUUAAGUAUUAAUAUACAUUGAGUUGAUGAUAAUUUUAGUUUAAAAUUAUUGAUACUAGUUUUGUCCGCUUACUUCACCUGUGUUAAGUUGUGUGAGAAUUUUGGUCGCAGAAAGAAGAGUAAAAAAGGUAAAAAUUGUUUCGUUAAAAAAGUAAAUGCGGAUGAAGGAUGAAUCCAAAGGAAUUUUCUAGUGUUAAAGAUUUUAAUUAAAAUUAUUCAUCAACCAACCCUAAGAAAUAUUUUCCAAAUUAUCUAAUCAAGGCUUGUGAUUGUUGAAAUCAUUCCAAAAUGAACGUAGUUUAUAAGUUAGUUCAAUUGAUUGUGAAAAAUCUAAAAGACAAUAAAAAAUUGUGCCAUUCCGACUUCAAA